AUGAUGAUCAAUGGUUUAACAACGGUUACUGCAAUCUCGAGGGGCUUGCCUAGACUCUGCAUCAGAAAUAUCUCUACGCACAAUCCCUUCCGAUUGGACGCUGUCCGCCAUCAGUUUAGACCGGGACAAUUAAGACGUAGCACACAUGACAAUGCUGACAAAUUUACGGACCGUUAUAUGCAUGAGAAGAACCGGAAUGCAAGCUUUCGUAACUUAGUAACGAAACCGUUCAUAUUCAGUGUUGCUGUAUGUGCCGUAAGCUUUACAGGUGCUAUCAUUGCCGAAUAUGAGAAAAUGAGAUCAUUGGGUAUCAUGGGGCUAAGCAGGAUACGGGGCCCUUUUAAAGAUUUCUUUCAGGAUUUUACACGAUACAAAAAUGGCGAAUUCAGGAGAAAGCUCAAUCGAUGGUGGAAUUCCUUACCGGAUAGUCGCAAAGUUGCUACAACCAUCAUAGCUAUUAAUGCUGGAGUGUUUGCAUUGUGGAAGAUCCCUAAGCUGUUUCCAUUUAUGGUACGAUGGUUCACAAACAACCCUGCUAGUGGCAGAUCUAUAACCCUAUUAACAAGCACCUUCAGCCAUUUCGAUUGGUGGCACCUUGGCAUGAAUAUGUUUGUUUUAUGGAAUUUUGCACCUUUAGCAUGCGAUAUACUUGGUAAAGAGCAAUUUUUCGCUACGUACAUAUCAGCUGGCGUGUUUGCCUCACUUGGCCAAAACUUAUAUCAUCUAGCAAUUAGAAGCACUCGGGUGUUUGGACUUGGAGCGUCUGGUGCAUUAAUGGGAACAUUAGCAGUAAUAUGUUUGAAAAGACCUGAUACUCAACUAUCUAUAAUAUUUCUUCCAUUUUUCUCUUUCCCAAUUACUCACGGAAUGCUAGCGAUAAUGGCCAUUGAUGUAUUAGGACUACUAUUUAGGUGGAGAUUUUUGAGUCAUUCUGCACAUCUAAGUGGAGCACUAUUUGGAGGGUGUACUCGCAUUCAGCUUUAA